UAACUGAUAUCGCUGAAAACUCGGUCAAUUUAACAUUAAAACGUAAAGUGAUACAUAUUUAGUGAGUUUUGCAAGCUAUUUGAGUUUACAUUUAAGAAAAUGGGUGAGUCAAGUGAUGAUCAUUUAAUCAUCCAAGUAUCAAAUAUUUUAAAGCCAACUCUGCAAGACAAUGAUUUUCUCCAAAGCUUCGUACGGAUUGGAUUAGAUGAAAAUUCAGCAGAUAUCAAGAAGAAAUCAAACAUUACUGAACAAAUAAGAAAAGAAAGUAAAGAAUAUAUGAGUGAGACUCGAGCUGGUGGAUCAGACUUUCAAGAUUCGAUUGUCAGCAGAAAAAAAAGUGAAGAAGGUAAAAAAGAUUUUAGACCAAGUCGCCAAUUUCACAAAGGUUCCGUUCAGUAUGAAAUUAAUAAGCAGAAGAGUAAAAAAGUGCGUCGACGAAAAACAAGCAUUGCCCGUAGACAAGAAGAAGUAUACACAGAUAAAGAUCGUGCUGCGGCAGUUAAUAUGGGUACUCGUGAUAUUAUUCAAUCAUUAAAAAUAAAACGACGACAAGAUCGUAGUAAGAUGAUGCAAAUACCGGAAGAAGCUGAACCAAGUGCUAUGCUUGCACUUGGUACUCGUGAAAUGCGAUCAGGCGAUCUCAAUGUUGCCAUUAGCUGCAUAAAUAAGGCAUUAGAACUCAGCCCGAAUGAUAAAAAUGCAUUAUUGGCAAGAAGUAAAUGUUAUUUAUUGCUUGGGGAGCCACAAAAAGCUCUCGAUGAUGCUGAAGCAGCGCUUAAUAAAAGAAUUACGGAAUCGAAUAAUGCACGAGCAAUUUAUUACAAAGCUGAAGCGCUGUAUCAUCUUGGGGACUUUGAGCUGAGUCUUGUUUUUUACUAUCGAGGCAUGAAAGUCCGACCUGAGUUCGAUCAGUUUCGAUUAGGUGUACAAAAAGCCAAAGAAGCUAUUCAAAACAUUCUGGGUGACAAAAAUGCACCAAUAAAAGUUCAUUCUCAAACUGGGGCAGAAAAGAGUAGACAAUCGCGAUCUGAGAGGACGUUAAUGAAGACUACGAAAAUUGAGAAAAAGACUCAUAUUCAAUCAUGUGAGGGUGAAAAAAAAAAUCAAAGUCAAAAACAAUUAUCGACAGACCCUGUUGACCAACGAAAUCCGGUUCUUCCCAAAAAACAUGGCAAUAAUAAUAUAAAUCUUCUUGGUCAACUCAAUGUCGAUAAAAAAUAUCUUCAAGAAUUAAUAAAAAGGCCAGAUAUUAAGACUUCCAAUCAACAGCCUGCUCAAAAUAUAUUGAAGUUGGCAGAAGAAGGGAUAUUUUUUUUAAUAAAUCGACAAGAAUUUUGGCGUCAACAAAAAACAGCUACUCAAUUAAUGACGAAUAAUAAGAUGCUUAGACUAUAACAUGUUGCAAGAGUUUAUUUUAGUUAAUAUCAUAUUGAAUUUCCGUUACACAUGAUUCAUGCGAGAAAGCUUAGAUGUUCCAGCCAGAGAGUUGUUCCUCACUAUGCUUAUUUAAAAUAUAAUUCACUUACCCCAUGUACAGUGUUGAAAAAUAUAGUAAGUUUUGUAAUUUGCACACCUCAAACGUUAAAGCGUAGUUAUAGUAUGAUACUAUCAUAAUUAUAUGAAAUAAAAACUGAUUUUACAACUUUAACGCACUAAGUGCGGUUAAUUAGUUUAGAAAUCAAUGAUCCUGAAGUUAG